AUGAAUUUCCCUGCUAUGACGCCCUUACUUAAUGCAGAUGGCUCACGACUGUCAUCAUCAGGAGCUGCACCGUUGUUGCAAGUAAACGCAGCUGCCGCAGCCAUGGCUGCAGCCGCAGCUAUGGCAGCAAUCAAAUCUUCAGGCGCACAGUCUGUCAGCUCUCUUGCUCGUACUGGGACAUCUAAUCUCAAUUCCACAAUGAGUUCCAGAUUACCUAUACAACCGCCCGCCCUUGCUAAUAUAUUUCCAAACUUCCCGACUUCUAGCGGUUCUUUAUCACGUUUAAGUGGAUCGAAUUCUAAUGCUACUCUAUUUCCGUUUCUCCAGCAGCAGCAACUUCGUAUUUCUGGAUCAGCAGCAAGUGCUGCUGCGGGUGCUGUGCUUACACAGGCAUUGCAACAAGCUCGUAGCCUGACUAAUCCGGCCAUGGUAACUCGUUCUGGAAUAGCGAUCAAUCCUGUGGUAAAUAACGUGCCUGUAGAUGCUCAAACUAAAAGAAGUCGUUCAUGUUCUACCAGCGACAGUGCAUCCUACAGUUAUGCUCGUGAACGUAAUCCAAGGCACCGAAGAGAUGAUGGUUAUUCAGAAGCGGAGUCCCCACGGUUUGACACAACUCGACGGAUUUCACAUUCUCCGAGACGGCGUGAAACAAAUUCAAGACGUGGAGGUUAUGACAGGUCUAGAGGACAUAGAAGUCGUAGUCGAUCCAGUUCCCUACCCAUUGACCGUAAUUUAUUAAUGACUUGGGAUUAUGAUGACUACGUCCAGCAGGUUAGUCGUGGCAUGCGACCAAACAUUCACCCUGGAUUGGGUACACGUGCAGGGGGUUCAAGUGCUUAUCCACAAAAUGUUCAAAGUCAUGAAAACGACCUAAGAUAUGAAGAAAAAGUUGAUGCAUUUUUGCGAGGGAUUGGUUCCCGCCCAAGAGCUGGAGGAUAUGAUCACAACUACUCGCGCAGUCCUAGUCGUAGCUGCUCAUACAGUCCACCUUAUCCACACGGCCGUCAUCGUGAAUAUUACCGAGGUUCAUCAUCCUACUCCAGGUCUCGAUCUCCUUCGGGACGAAAUAUUCCUUUAUCUAAAGACAGACGAGCGGAAUUGGAUUCAGAUUCUUAUCGUCACCGUCCACCACCGUACAUAUCUCCUCGUCACAGAGAACGUACGAAUUCCCGCUCUCCUCGAAACUUUGCCCGCGAGCCUCCGGCACAAUGCAGAAGACCGCUUCAAACUUCUGUGGCUCAUUCCGGUGUCAAGCAGCGGCACCAGCAAGUAGAUGGUCGAGGUCCUUCACAUCAGGGACCGUCUCUCAGUGGAGGUCGCGAACAUACAGUUCAAGCAGCCGUCAUCAUAAAUAGCUUGAUAAUGUAUAUGCAAUCAAUGAUGGGCGUUCAGUGUCUCCAAUUCGUUUUGAUCUAUGUACAGAAAACAGUAUAA